GCAUCCAUGAAUUCCUUGGAGUUUCGCCUUACGAAAAACCUUGCUCAGCCAUGCCGAGAAAGAUUCGCAAAUCUAGAAAGAAACUAGUCAAAUUCGCGGAUGAUGAGGCCACGGUCCGGGAGGCAGGUGGCGAUGACGAGAUGAAUCUCGUGGAGAACAUGAAGGAUUCACAACCCUUGCAGACUGUUCCAGAAGCUUCUAUGACCGGUUCUGUGGUAAAGAAGGAAAGUAAUCUAGAAAUGGAGGAGUUGGAUGAAAAAUUUGAAGAAGUUGAUGCUGUGGUGAGUGCUAUAGGGGAAAUGGAUGCCGAGGCAGAAACAUUUGAGGAUGAUAGGGGAAACUCUGCAGGUGAUGGUAUUACUGAAAAUAAAAUUUCGAAUUUGGAUAAAUUAGGUGAAAACGAGAGUUUGGUGUCAGAUGUGGUAGGAGAAGCUAAUGAUAUGACUGUGGAGAUUCAUUUGCAUGCUGAGCUCGCGGCUGGAAAUCUGAAUUAUAGUGGUGAAAAUAUUUUGGAACGUGGGAAGAGUUUGGAUACUUGCGAGCUGGAAAAUGUGGCCGUGAAUAAUGAAUGCGAAACGGAAGAUAAUUCAGAAUCGGACAGUGGAGGUGUCGAGGGGGACGUGGAUAUGGCGGGUACUUCGCAAGGGAAUUGCAAAAACGGCGAGGGGAUAGAAAUUGCGGAUACUGCUGUGGAUGAUAAUAGUUUAAAGGGCGAGGAGAAAGGAGAACUUGGAUGUGCAAACGAUGCUGGUGAUACUGAUGAUUCUAGCUUGCACUUGGAUAACACUGAACAAAAUUCGAUCGAAUUGGAGAGUUCUGCUGCUAAAAAUAAGGGCAUCUGUUUUGUUGAAACUUCUAAAGACUUCAAUGAUGGUGAUGAAGAUGGAGAGUUCCAGAAAUUAGAGUUCCUUGAAGGAAAUGAAGAGAAUAAUAGUGAAGGAGAUGAUGAAGAGAAUAACAGUGAAGGAGAUGAUGAAGAGGACAGCAGUGAUGGAGAUAAUGGAGAGAUUAGUGGUGAAGAGGAUAACGAAGAUGAUAAUAGUGAUGGAGAUAAUGAGGAGAUUAAUGAUGAAGGGAAUAACAAAGAUGGUAGUAAUGAUGAAGGUGAUGAAGCCCCUUCGAAAAUACUCCUGGAUGAUCUAAGUGACUGGAAGAGACAAAAGCAGAUAGAAAUAUAUGUUGGUGGUCUAGAUAAAGAGGUUGUUGAAGAAGAUUUGAUUCAAGUCUUCGGAAGGUUUGGAGAACUUAGAGCUGCAAGGAUUUUGAGACAUCCAACAACAAAUGAAAGCAAAGGAUUUGCAUUCAUACAAUAUGCUACCAUGGAACAAACCAAGAAUGCUUUGUCUGAACUAAAGGAUGGAAUUGAGGUGAAAGGCAAGCUUGUUGAGGUCUCGGUGAGUCACGACAAAGAUACACUUUUCAUAGGCAAUAUUUCCAAAACAUGGACAAAAGAGCAUGUGGUUGAGAAAUUGAAAAGUUAUGGACUUGGACAUAUUGAAUACAUACAUGUACCAAACGACCCAGAGAAUGAGGGGAGGAUUAGAGGUUUUGCGCUUGUAGAAUUUAGCACCCACUCUGAUGCAAUGGCUGCCUUUCAGCGACUCAAAAAACCUGAUGCUGUUUUUGGUCAUACAAGAAGUGCAAAAGUUGCCUUUUCACAGCCCCAGAUGCAUACCAGUCUUGGAAUCCAGACGCAGGUGGAAACUGUUUAUAUUAAGGGGCUAACAAGGUCUUGGGAUGUAAAGAAACUGGAAGAGAUGUGUAAGCAGUAUGGGGAAAUUAAAAAUGUAAAGUUGCCCAAGAAGUUUGGUAACUGGCGCAAGGAUUUUGGAUUUAUUACUUUUGCUUCUCAAGAAAGUGCACUAGCUUGUGUUGAAGGGAUUAACAGUUCCCAGUUAGGAGGAGAAAGAAAGCUUAAAGCCGAAAUUGCAAAGCCCCAUGGUGGGGUUGCACGUGGAGGAUUCAAGGUCGAAGAAAAUAUUGGAAAAGCAUCUGGACUGAAGCUGAAAGAUGAUACCGAAUCUGUGAAGGCUACAAAAGCAAAUGAAAAGGAUCAACAUCUUGGAGGUGCUGAAUCUAAGAGGAGUAAGAAGGACAGCAGGGGACUUGCUGUAGAAAAGAAUGGGGCUUCUUCAAAGUUAAAAAGUAGCGUCAGACCAAGAAAGAGUGUUGCUGAAAAUAAAGAUAGUAGGAUGUCAUCCAAACCAAAAAUGGCAGAUUCCAAGAGGGAGAAUUUUCCUCAAAAAAGCAGCCAUCACAGAAUGAGAGAAAGGGGAAACAGGCCUCCAAAGAAACCGCAAGGUAAGGAAGUUCAUUUUCAUAGGGAUACAUUGAGCCGCCCUCACUUUAGGAAACAACUUGUCCAUGGAAUACAUUCUGUUGGCCAGAGAAUGCCGUACACACCAGGAUAUGUUGCAUCCACAAUGAGACAUGAUAGUCAUGGCCACGCACAGGGUGCCAUCUCUGGGUCCAAGAGACACAACUCCGAUAUGGAACCACAUGCUGGCUUCCUAGAACCAUCUCGGAAACGAGAUCGACGUCUUGAACCUGCUUUUCAACACCAAGGACAACUGUAUGCAAGGCAUCCCGAUGAUGCCUUAAGAAGGGAAGGCCUUGCUCAUGCUGCAUAUCUUCAACCUGCACUUGUAGAAGAAAAUCUACCUUAUGCAGGAUAUACUGCGCCUGCUGUUAAAAGACAACGAUUCCAUGUUUCUGAUUAUAGGCCAAUAAGGAUUGAUGACUAUAAUGGCCCAGGAAACCAAAGACAUUCUUAUGGAGAAGGCUCUGCUGGUCGACCUUCUUAUGUCGGAGGCUCUAGAAGUUAUUCAUUAUAUGAGCAUAUUGAUAAGCUUGAUGACUAUCGCGUGGUUGGCAGAAGGUAUCCGUCCCGUUGAAUGUGCCCUUAGAUAAUUACUCAGCUGAAUGUAUAGCUAGGGACUCCAGUACUUCGGGAUGUUAGUUUGCUCCAACGGUAUGGGCAGUUUGUUUAUGUGUAAGAAAAAGAAAUGUGUUUCUUUUCGAGUUAGUAUCUGUUUUAGGUUACCAUGUCAUAGUCCAGUGUAAAAGAGGUGAUUCAGCGUUAUUGGAGAUGGAUUCUUCCAGGUUAUUAGUAUGGAUGGUAGCUGGAUUUAUUUUUGGAAACAUUUGACUACUCUAUUGAGAGGGCAGAGCAGAAUAUAAGCCGGUUCCAAACUUGGAAGAAUAAAAGGUGUGGGGCAUUUGUUUGCCGUAUUUAGGAACUAA